AUGGGUUGGUUCCAGUGUUCUGGGAAAUCGAAGAAGAAAGGAAAAAAACAAAAGGGCAACAAGUCUGAUCAUCAGAUCCCUUCAAAUAUAGAUAAACAAAAGGUAAAUUCGUCCCUUGAUGUACAGAAGGAAUCUUUUAAAGACGGAGGAUCUGGUUAUAUUGCUGCACACACCUUUACUUUUCUUGAAUUGGCUACCGCCACCAAGAAUUUUAGGGCUGAUUGUCUUUUGGGUGAAGGUGGAUUUGGCAGAGUAUACAGAGGACGAUUAGAGAGCACUAAUCAGAUUGUUGCUAUAAAGCAACUUGAUCGCAAUGGUUUGCAAGGGAACAGGGAAUUUCUUGUUGAAGUGUUGAUGUUAAGUCUACUUCAUCAUCCGCACUUGGUAAACUUGAUUGGUUAUUGUGCUGAUGGAGAUCAGAGACUUCUGGUGUAUGAAUACAUGUCAUUAGGGUCAUUGGAAGACCAUCUGCAUGAUAUUUCACCUGAUAAAAAGAGGCUUGACUGGAAUACAAGAAUGAAAAUAGCUGCUGGCGCUGCAAAGGGCUUGGAAUAUUUGCAUGAUAAAGCAAACCCACCUGUUAUCUACCGGGAUUUGAAAUGUUCAAAUAUUUUACUAGAUGAAGCGUAUAAUCCAAAGCUAUCUGAUUUUGGGUUGGCAAAAUUGGGUCCUGUUGGGGAUAAGACCCAUGUAUCCACUAGGGUGAUGGGAACCUAUGGAUAUUGUGCGCCAGAAUAUGCAAUGACAGGGCAGCUUACAUUGAAAUCAGAUGUUUAUAGUUUUGGAGUUGUCCUUCUGGAGAUCGUCACUGGCAGAAAAGCGAUUGACAAUUCAAGAGCUGCUGGCGAGCACAAUUUGGUUGCAUGGGCCCGGCCCUUGUUCAAAGACCGUAGGAAGUUCUCACAGAUGGCUGAUCCCAUGCUUCAAGGUCAGUACCCAUCUAGGGGUUUGUAUCAAGCUCUUGCUGUUGCUGCUAUGUGUGUCCAGGAGCAACCCAACAUGCGACCUCUCAUAGCAGACGUAGUUACAGCCCUAACUUAUCUUGCUUCCCAGAAAUACAAUCCUGAGACGCAGCCAGUCCAAAGGCUCAGCUCUGGUUCAUCGACACCUAGAGUGAGACGAGAACUGUGA